AUGUUUCUUGACGUCUCAAAGGCGCCGGGGGAACACACCGCCCUUGAAGAUAUUCAGGAGUUGCAGAAGGCCAUCUUAUAUACGGAGCGAAAUAAGAUUGGCACACUCAAGUUGCAGUACAACAACCUCACCACGCUGAGCAUCUCCACCCCGUUGGCGGUGGCACUUAAGCACGUUACGUCUCUGACGGCGUCGUAUAAUUGCCUAAGCACUUUGCAAGGGUUAGAGGCCUUUGCUUUCCUGGAGAUUCUUGAUUUGAGUCACAACUCGCUGCGCGUACUUGAUGCACACUCGACGUCCAUACUACGUAGGCUGCGGUACCUGCGUCGCUGCGACUUCUCUUAUAACGAGAUUCGUCUCAUUGAUCUUGACAUUCCUCUUCACGGCAGAGAGAAUGAGGCACCAGAAAACGAUGAUGGUAGUGACUCCGUGACGCUGAGUGAUCUCACGGUGCUAAACUUGGAUCACAACCAGCUAAUCGACGUCCCAGACUUCCGAUGCAUGCCUUUUCUAGAGGAGUUGCACCUGGAAUACAAUCGUAUUGAGUGCCUUACGGAUCUUGAGAGUCGCCUCCCGCUUUUGGCGCUUACAUCCUUGUCGAUAGCUUGCAAUGUAUUGCGGUCUCUGCAGGAUCUUCUUCCCCUCACGGUACUGGCGGAAACCCUCAAAGUACUGGUUGUCCGCGGAAACCCCUGCAUGCAGACUGCCGCCGUCGCCAAUGGGUGCCCCGUGCGGUCCUGGCUGCUGUGGAUUCUGCCGCAACUGGAAACUAUCGACGACGUCCCCUUCACCUUGGAGGAGCGUCAGACGACGGCAGCGAUGUUUCGGCAACACGGCGAGCUUAGCCAUGAGGCUAUAGAGUUGAUGAAUAACCACCAAGAGCUGCAACUGGAGGCGUACCUGCAGAAGUUUGCGCUUCCACAGGUGCAGGGUGGGCGGCACACCGCUGACGUGAUGCCGGGAACAAAAAUGGAGCAACCCGCCGCUUCAUCGAAAGAGAGAGGCGCGUCAGUGUCGUCCUCGCUGGGAGGCAUGACAGCGCGCCUGCCAAAUGUGCUUAGCGCACCAAACGUUGGUCCAUGUGCUAGUGAGAGUUUGGCUCGGCCGCAGUCUGCUAAGACGGUUUUGCCGAUGAUGCAAAAGAAGCUGAAGCAGCUGUCAAACGUGAUGGAGGUGCUGUGGAAGGAAAGUAUGACACGGCGUAUGUUUGCUACUGUCGUGCUGCAAAAGUACGCACGUGGGUUUCUAACACGUCAGCAUCUUCCAGAGACCAUGCGAGAGAGUUGCGCACGCAUUAGAAGUAACCUGCGCUGCUCGCUUCGUAGGCAAGUGUGGAAUCUGCAGCCGCAACAAACGAUGACGACGAUGGCUUCUACUAUGAGUAAGAGCGAGGCGCAACGAUUCAAGAACAGCGGUGGUGACUCAAAUGAAAUGACGGUGUUAGCGAAGCAGAUGAGAACGUUAGAGUCCCAGAUACGUCACAUGUGGACUGUGAUGGAGGAUCUUUGUGACAUGUGGAAACGGCGGAGAAACGCUGCCGCCGUCACGAUUCAAAAGUACUACCGCGGUCACGUUGAUAGGAUGAAGUGGAGCCGUCUUAAGAGGCUCUACGACGAGUUUGUUGACUCCUUGCGUCCGGAGGUGGUCAUCAUACAACGGGUGUGUCGUGGGUACUUGGGCCGUCGGAAGCUCAUGCGGCGCCGCGCAAAAACCUUAGGGAUACGGCUCCUGAGAGCGGAGGUCGUGCAGCUGCGCCGCAUUGUGGAGGAGAUGCGGGCGUUUAUGGAGCAGAGCCAGCGGCGGCAGCGGCUGGAGCGGUACGUUGAUCCCGAGAAGGCGAUAGACGAUAUCGUCUCCACGUACGCCACCUCGCGCGCUGCACCUCCCCGUGAGUAG